GCCGCGGUAACCAGUCGUCACUCCAGGAGAAACUCUCCAGACCUCUCAGUGGCGGCCGGCGUGUGAGCGCGGGUCGAGAGCGUCAGUACUCGUGGUAUGAGCAGCUCGACAUUGCGGUCUCUAGCUGUAGCACUUUCGGUUUCAUUCACACACGACUAGAUAGUCCUAGUAGUACGUGUAGUUACCGCGCUCUAAUAGUCCUAUAGCAGGCGACUCUGGCUGUGUUAUGGCAUUCAGACAUUUCAAAGUGCGCUCAUAACUUUGGACGUGCUACACCAGUGAUCCUCUGGAGAGGCUGAUCGCGGUACCACAGCGUAGUACUGACUCUUGGAUGUCUACGUACGACCAUGGUAUGGCGCCGCUCCUUCAAGCCGGCCUCGCUUUUAGAACUUUGUGUCUUCUUUCUGUUGUUUCAAGGUAGCGUCGGCCUCUUGUGGAACGCCUUUGACCUCGAAUACUGGCGUUGUAAACUGAAGAGAAACAACCAAUGUCCUGAUGAGGACAUCAAGGUCUGGCUGUACACCCCUGACAAAAGCUAUGCCCGUCGUAUUCACAUCCAUAGUCCACUCACCCUUCAAGAACAGGGAUGGAACCCUCGCCACAAAAGUGUCAUCAUCAUCCACGGCUUUAAUGGCACAGAGAGCAAGACUCCUAUGACCUUUAUCAGGGACGCGUACCUGAAUCGAAGGGACUACAACGUGUUUACUGUGGACUGGGAGAUCCUGACACCUUUCCCCUGCUAUCUGUCUGCCAUCAGCAACAGUCGACUGGUAGCUCAGUGCUCGGCUCAGUUCUACUCGUACUUGACCCGCAGUGGGGCGACUGCACAGAGCGUACACUGUGUGGGCCACAGCCUGGGCGCUCACAUCUGCGGCAUGAUGACCAACCAUCUAUCCGAGAAGAUGCACAAGAUUAUUGGUCUAGAUCCUGCCAGGCCGCUAGUAGAUAGGUACGGAUCCCGAGCCUUCCGCCUGACUCGAGAUGACGCUCACAUCGUGCAAGUCAUCCACACGAACGCUGGUCUGCUGGGCGAGACUCCUCAGGUGGGGCACGUGGACUUCUGCGUCAACGGGGGACGCAUGCAGCCCAGCUGUCGGAAGGAGGGUCGCAUGAUUAGACAAGCCAGGUGCAGCCACUUCUUGAGUUCUUGCUUCUUCGCCGCUACAAUAAGCGAUGCUGGAAGCAGACACAAGGCGGCGCCGUGCACAGCCUCCUGUCGCCCCCUGCCUCGAGGAUACGGUGGUCGGUCUUUCACUGUGUCCAUGGGUCAUCACACGCCUGAGACGGCUCGAGGAACUUACUGCAUCAGGAUGGACGAUGCGCAACGAUGUCCUUUCGACUGAGGAGUAACGCGGAGUUCAAGCUGACCAGGAGUAACAUCCCGACAUGCGCUAUACGAGUACAUCUUUACCCAAACCAAAGCAAUGCAGGAAGAGAUUACCUGUAAUAAACGAACUUACUGUAUAAUAUUUUAUGUGCAACAAAAGUAGAUCUAACUCUGUCCCAAGAAUGAAAUAGUCUACUUCGUAAUGAUUUUAAAUUAGUAGCCUACCUUUAUUGUAAUACCUCUUUAUGAUACAAAUUUUGUAAAGGUAAUUUAAUAUUUCAAAAGUCAUUCUGAAACCUUCACAUACCAAUGUUCAAGAUUUGUAUUGAUGAAAUCAAGAAACUCUUUUAUCUACUUCCCUCAUAAUGAUACAUUUGUAUUACUGUUGUAUAAUUUUAUAAUAUGUUGAGGGAAAAUACAAUAUCAAUCAAUGUACCUAAAAUAAAGAAAAUGAUUUCAUUAUGUACGUUCAAGAACGUAGUCAGCGAGGGGGCCAAGUGGUCCAAACCUACCCCACAAUUUUUUUAUUUUUUCAAUUACUUUUUUAGUAAAGGAUUAUUAUUAUUUAAAUAAUCCAUUAUUACUGACAUGUAUUGCUGAAAGAUCAUUCUCAUAAAAGAAAAUGGUCAAGAAAUGUUUAAGGCACAAAACGGGGCCGUACUCUCUGUCCACUGCUGAAAAAUAUCAGUUGUCUGGACCCCCGCCAAAUUUUUUCCAAUUUGUUUUUGUCUUGUCUACGGUGACCUUUGCCAAAUUCGUGUAUUGGUAAUUCAACUAGUGUAAAAAUAAUUUCUAUUUAUAAUCUAAAAUAGUUUUUUUUUAGAUUAUACACAUUAAUCUACACAUCUUUCUUAUCUUGAUACAGUUUUUUUCACAGCCUAUUUAUUUAAAAGUUUAAAAUAUUUAUUUGUAAAGUAUUAGAUAUUGUUGCGUAUAAUUGUGACGUAUUAUGUUUUAAGGAAAGUGUACAAAACAGCAUCUAGUUUAGGACGCUUAGGUUAGACUAUGUUGUUAUUUACUCUAGGUUCAGCUUAUUUAUCUUUACAUAUGUACAGUACCAUUGAAUUGUCACCUUCAACUCGUGCUAAAUAUUAGCUUAACUUGGAGAAUAGAAAGUUUACAAAAUAUACCGAUACCAUAAUUCAAAAUCAAAAUAUGAUAAAAUGUAUUUUACUGUUUAACGAUAUUUUGUAUAUAAA